GAAGACACAGACAUCAACGGAGGAGCUCACUCAUUGACCCCCUCCCCAGCCUCCCUCUCCCAGCAAUGUCGUCAUCUUCGGCUCCCAUCUCGUCCGAGAAAGACAACGCGGUGCAAGCGUGCGACGGCGCUGCAGCGAACCGUGAAGAAGAGGCAUCGGUGAAGAGAAACAGCAACAGCAGCAACAACACAAAAUCAAGCUCGGAUGCAAAACACAAUCGAGCACCGCCGUCGACGAAGACGGCAGCAGCGGCAGCGGCAGGCACUACACGUCGGCGAAUCACCGCAGUUCGACCGUCGCUAUCUGCGGCGGCGCAUCAACGCGCGCAGCUGCUUCAGCUUGCCCGUCGCAGCGCCUCCGUCGCAGCGGCGCUGCUCCUAUCACAACCGCCGCCACCAUCACCGCCGUCGCCGCUGCUGUUGCCGCCUGCGGAAGAGCCUCUCACCUCUACCGUAAUGCGUACCGCAGCUGACGCUCGCAGCGCCCGCUGGAAAGCAAAGCGGGGGGUAUCGGAUGAGCCAGCCGCAUCGACGACCACCGGUCAGCGUGAAGCACCAACGUCGCAGCUUCGCAAAAAGCAGAAGAGGCUCACGGAGAAGACAGCUGCGUCGCAGCGGGCCGGCGUGGAUGGCGAGUGCGGACUGACAGCCCCAUCGGAGUCGUCUCCUCUCGUGACGGCGGCGCCAUGCUCCUACGCGCAGCUGUGGCGAGGUCUGCUGGAGCUGCAGCUUGCACGAGAUACGAACGGCACGGGCCACCCCGACAACCAGCCCGACGCCUCGGCCGUCGCGAAAACAACGGCAGCCAAGAACAACCAGACCAGAGCGGCGAAGUGCAGUCCAACCGGUACCGCAAAAGGUUCAGAAAAGAAGAGUGAAGAGGCGGCGGUGCCGACGCGGCUGGUUGCGUCGCUGUCAACGUUGGCGGAUGAGCUGCAGGUGCUUGAUGAUCACUGGCGCGGUUUUCUGCUCGACCGCGACGCCCUCUCAACGAUGCACGCUGCACCUUAUCCGUUGCUGGCGAGCGUACUUCCUGCGGACCCGUUGUUCGCUGUUGCGUACGCACCCUAUCUGUCGCGUGGGGAGCAGUACACUCUGCGCCGCUACGCGACAAACCCUCGUGCUUCCGCGACGAUGUUGGACCGCACAGGAGCAACGGUGGCGGCACCGGCAAACGUAGAGGCGGUGCCCGUGUCGUCUUCUCCGUCAGCCGCGCCGCAUGGCUGCUCAUACAGCGCAAACGACGAGUCCGUGUUUUGCAUGGACCACGUGUGA